AUGGCGCCCCCGGAUGAACGCAGCGAGAAGCAGGCCGCGGCUCAACAGGCCGUCGACAUCCUCCACGAGAUCUCCACCAUUUUGAACUGCCACCUCGACCGCCGCACCCUGUCCAUCUGCAUCUCUAUGAUCGAGAACGGCGUGAGCCCGGAAGCGCUGGCGUCCGUGGUUAAGGAGCUGCGCAACGAGGCUCAGGUCCAGGAAGCCCAUGCCCAGGAGGCUCAGGCCCAGGCCCCACCGGUGCGUCGGAGAUGA